UACACAAGACCGGAGUUCACUAUUGAUGGAGUUACCAAGCUUUUGAUCGCCAUAAGAUUUUAUCGAGUCGGUGCCAACUAUAUGGUUAUUUGCGACAUGUUCGGAAUAAGCUAUGCAACGGUGCAGAAUAUUGUUUGGGAGGUCAGUUUUCUGAUCGCACAAGAAAGAGAUCGUUUCAUCUUCAUGCCAACCACCCAAGAAGAAAUAUUGCAAGCGAAAGCGGACUUCAUGAGCUUGGCACAUUUUUCUUUAUGUAUCGCGGCUGUUGAUGGCACUCAUGUACCGAUAAAUUCAUUUGGUGGUCCGGACGCGGAACUUUAUAGAAAUCGACAUCUCUUUUUCUCCAUGAAGGUACAAUUGGCAGUAUCUGCCGACGAACGAAUUCUUGAUGUGGUGGCACGAUGGCCGGAAUCUGCACAUGACUCAAGAAUAUUCACCAAUUCGAACUUGUGCGAUCGCUUCCGUCGAGGUGAAUUUGGUGAAUAUUCGGUGUUAGUGGCCGACUCCGCAUAUCCACCCGAACGUUUUAUUUGCGAGCCACUGAAUCAUGUUGUUACGAUCAAUAAAGAAACGUAUCAAGAUU